AUGUCUUCGGAAAAGAUCCACGACCCCGACUACUUUGCCCCUCCUCUGGGAGAGGAGGCGCCUCUUUCCCUCAAGCGCGACUGGUCCGAUGAGGAGGAAAAGCGGGCCAAGCGCAAGCUGGACUUUCUCAUCAUGCCGAUUCUGACCCUCGGCUUCUUCUGUCUUCAACUCGACCGCGGGAACAUUUCGAACGCGCUCACAGACAACUUUCUCAAGGAUAUUGGGAUCACGCAGAACCAGUUCAAUGUCGGGCAGCAGAUGCUGUCGCUCGGCAUCGUGCUCUUCGAGGUACCGAGCAAUAUGGUGCUCUACCGUGUCGGCCCUGGCAAGUGGCUCACCCUCCAACUUUUUCUCUUUGGCAUUGUCUCGACAUUCCAGGCCUUCCAGACUGGGUACAGCGCAUUCAUCCUCACGCGCUUCCUUCUUGGCCUCACUGAGUCCGGCUUUAUUCCUGGUGGUCUCUGGACGCUAAGCACGUGGUACACGCGUUCUGAAACCGCCAAGCGUGUCAUGUUCUUCUACUUUGGCAACCAGAUUGGUCAGGCGAGCUCCAAGCUCCUCGCCUACGGUAUUCUCCACAUGCGCGGUGUUGGAGGCAAGACGGGCUGGUUCUGGCUCUUCGUCCUCAUGGGCGGAUUCACCAUUCUCGGCGGCUUCGUGUUUGGUUUUUGCCUCCCCGACUCGUUUGCCAACCCCCGCUCGACCUUUUUGCCGUGGUACGACGGCUGGUUCACCGAGCGCGAGCUGCAUAUCCUGCGCGGCCGUGUGCUUCUUGACGACCCAGCCAAAGGCAAGAAGAAGAAGAGUAUCGAUAGUGGAGCAUUCAAGCGGGCAUUCUUCAACUGGCGUCUUUGGAUCCAUCUUCUUGUGACGCUCUGCAAUAACGGCCCGCAACGUGGAUUCGACACCUACUCGCCGUCGAUUGUCAACUCGUUUGGUUACGGCCACCUCAAGUCGAACGCUAUGGCCUCUGUCGGUUUCUGGAUCCAAGUACCCCUCUCCUACCUCUUUUCAUACGUGAGCGACCACUUCAACCGCCGCGGCGAGACCGUUCUCGUCGGUCUCAGCUGCCACCUCCUAGGCUACAUUUUCAACCUCUCCUUCUCCGGCCGCACGAGCAAAGGCGUACGCUACUUUGGCGUCAUCUGGACACAGGCGUUUGGCACUUUCUCACAUCCCCUCAAUAUCGCGUGGAUGAGCCUAACGGCCCGCGACUCGGAGGAACGCGCCCUCGCCAUGGCCAUGGUCAUUAUGGGCGCCAACACUGCAGGUAUUUACGGCGCGCAGAUCUUCCGCUCAGAGGACAAGCCGCUGUAUCGCAGAGCCUUCGGGAUCGGGAUCGGCGUGCUCACUGUUGGUGUGCUCCUCGCUGCUGUCCGCUAUGUCGACCACCGUAUCACCAAGCGCCGUGCCAAGCAGUCGACCGCGCCGCACAACGAAACUGUUGUCGGCUCGUCGCCGGGGUCGGAGAAAGACUACGGGUCGACCACGGCCGACUCGCACUCCAAGGUUUAA